AUGCCUCCCAAGACUCCAGUAGAGCAUCCGGAACAGCCUCCAGAAGAAAACACGAGCAAGAAACCCCCGAAAGUCAAAGGCAAAUACAAAUGGCUAAGCCGCCAAAUCUCGACUCUCAACCCAAGCAAACUCCUUCCCGAAGACUACGUGGAUGCCUCUGGCGGUAGAGUAGCCUUCACGGUUAUGGCUCCCGAGGGCGGCAAGCGGCGCAUAAGCUUUACCCGGAAAGGCCAACAAUUCAUCCCCUUCCCUUCAAACGCCAGAGGAUUUUUCUACUUCCAUCGGCCAGACCAAAGUUGCAUCACCAGCGGACUACGCUUUCGAGUUGUCGACAAACCUGACCCAGCUUUGUUCAGCCAGGGUGAGGACCUCAUGAAGCCGGACGGUGGUGUAUGGGUCCUACCGCUAACAGCCAUAAUAAAGGGGAGGAUAUACCUGCCUUUUCGCGAGCUCAUCAUCCGCGACGAACUCAUCACACCAGCUGAAGUGGCGUGGGUGGAGAGCUUAGAGGUGAAGGACACCAGAGCAGGAUUGAUCACUAUUGCCAGUAUGACACAACCAUUCGAAUGUGACUUCCCAAGAACAGGGUUCUGCAUCCGUGUUCAGGAAGGAGAGGAGCUAUACGACUUCAAUAUCCAAGGGCCAGCUUCAUUUGGGUCAAUUCAGGUCCGAUUCGAGCUGGCCUAUCGACAGGAUCCAGUCGUUCCCCCAAAGCCAUUCGUCGUUCUGCGCCUUUUGAAGUUUCUUGUUCCACCAACGGGUGACGAACCAGUUAAACAGGAAGAGGGAAAGUUGGUCAGGGCACUGUCGCUGUCCCGAGCAGGCGGUUCUUAUAUUUGGACGAUCUCUCCUUCAACGCUGCCAUCUCCCUGUGUGGAAGCUUUGGAACGGGCGUACCCUCCUCAUCCUUCACGUCUAUACGAGCGAGCAAUGCGCAAAGGCCAACGACUGUCUUUGGAACCUGUGGGCAAUGAAUCAUUUUAG